AUCAGUUGGUUCGAAUUUGCUGUAUCGUCUUCUCCAAUGGCGCAACCUGUCCUGAGCCGCGUCCACAGCCUUCGGGAGCGCCUCGACGCCACUCUCGCCGCUCAUCGCAACGAGAUCAUGCUGUUCCUGUCCAGGAUCGAAGGCCAUGGAAAAGGCAUUCUGAAGCCUCACCAGCUGCUGUCCGAGUUCCAUGGAAAUUUGCAGGAUCAUGCCUUCAAGGAUGUCCUCAACUCCACGCAGGAAGCGAUUGUGUCGCCGCCGUGGGUGGCGCUGGCGAUCCGGCUAAGGCCGGGAGUUUGGGAAUACGUCCGUGUCAAUGUCAAUGCGCUCGUAGUCGAGGAGCUCACCGUACCGGAGUACCUCCAAUUUAAGGAGGAGCUUGUCGACGGGACCUCCAAUGACAAGUUUGUUCUCGAGCUCGAUUUCGAACCGUUCACAGCAUCGUUCCCGAAGCCGACGCUCACCAAGUCGAUCGGGAACGGCGUCGAGUUCCUCAACCGCCACCUCUCCGCGAAGAUGUUCCACGACCGCGAUAGCAUGACGCCGCUCCUCGAUUUCCUUCGAAUGCAUCAUUACAAGGGCAAGACGAUGAUGCUGAACGAUCGGAUAAAGAACCUCGGCUCAUUACAAGGCGUGUUGAGGAAGGCGGAGGAAUAUCUAUCGACGCUCCCGCCGGAGACUCCGUACGAUGAUUUCGAGCAUAAGUUUCAAGAGAUCGGAUUGGAGAGAGGAUGGGGGGACAACGCGGGGCGUGUGUCAUUGAUGAUAUCGAUGCUUCUCGACCUCCUCGAGGCCCCCGAUUCUUGCACCCUCGAGAAGUUUCUCGGCCGGAUUCCAAUGGUUUUCAACGUUGUCAUUCUCUCGCCGCACGGUUAUUUUGCACAAGAAAAUGUCUUAGGUUAUCCCGACACCGGAGGCCAGGUUGUCUACAUUUUAGAUCAAGUUCCGGCGUUAGAGCGCGAGAUGCUCAAGCGUAUAAAGGAGCAAGGGCUCGAUAUCAAGCCUCGCAUACUAAUCGUGACUCGAUUGCUUCCCGACGCCGUUGGAACCACAUGUGGCCAACGCCUCGAGAAAGUGUUUGGAACCGAGCAUUCUCACAUUAUCCGAGUCCCGUUUAGAACCGAGAAGGGGAUCGUCCGGAAAUGGAUUUCUCGAUUCGAGGUGUGGCCGUAUAUGGAAACUUUCGCCGAGGACGUCGCGAAGGAGAUUACAUCGGAAUUACAAGCAAAGCCGGAUUUGAUCAUCGGGAAUUAUAGCGAGGGAAAUCUCGCGGCCUCGUUGUUGGCUCACAAGUUAGGCGUAACGCAGUGUACGAUCGCUCAUGCGCUUGAGAAGACAAAGUAUCCGGAUUCGGACAUAUACCUAAAGAAUUACGAUGAGAAGUAUCACUUCUCGUGCCAAUUUACGGCGGAUUUAUACGCGAUGAAUCACACCGACUUCAUCAUCACGAGCACGUUCCAAGAGAUCGCCGGAAGCAAGGACACAGUCGGACAAUACGAGAGCCACAUGGCGUUCACGAUGCCCGGUUUAUACCGUGUUGUCCAUGGCAUCGACGUGUUCGAUCCUAAGUUCAACAUCGUCUCUCCCGGCGCCGACACGAACCUCUAUUUCCCGUACACGGAGACAGAAAAGCGCCUAACGGCGUUCCAUCCUGAGAUCGAGGAGCUUCUUUAUAGCGACGUCGAGAACGACGAACACAUGUGUGUCCUGAAAGACAAGACGAAGCCGAUCAUAUUCACAAUGGCGAGGCUCGACCGCGUCAAGAACCUAACGGGGCUCGUCGAGCUAUACGCCAAGACUCCAAAGCUACGGGAGCUCGCGAACCUCGUCAUCGUCGGCGGCGACCGGAGGAAAGAGUCGAAAGACGCCGAGGAGCAAGCGGAGAUGAAGAAGAUGUACGGCCUCAUCGACGAGUACAAUCUCAACGGCCAAUUCCGGUGGGUCUCCUCCCAAAUGAACCGGGUCCGCAACGGCGAGCUCUAUCGAUGUGUCGCCGACACGAGGGGCAUUUUUGUCCAGCCCGCGUUCUAUGAGGCCUUCGGGCUUACGGUCGUCGAGGCGAUGACAUGCGGGCUCCCGACGUUCGCGACGCUCCACGGCGGGCCCGCCGAGAUCAUCGUCGACGGGAAGUCGGGAUUCCACAUCGACCCCUACAACGGGGGCCAGGUGGCCGAGGUUCUCGUGAACUUCUUCAAUCGGUGUAAGAAGGAGCCGUCGUAUUGGGACAGCAUCUCUGCCGGAGGCCUCGAACGUAUCCGCGAGAAGUACACGUGGCAGAUCUAUUCGGACAGGCUGCUGACGUUGGCUGGCGUUUACGGGUUUUGGAAGUACGUGUCGAAGCUCGACCGGCUCGAGAUCCGGCGAUAUCUUGAGAUGUUUUACGCUCUCAAGUAUCGACAUUUGGCCGAGGCUGUCCCGAGGGCUGUGGAGUAAGAAGAAAGGAUGAUUGAAAAAUACAAAGGGAAUGAAAACAGUCUUUGGUAAGUGUAAUAACUAAUAAUGAAGGGACUCUGUUUUGAGGUGUUUGUUCGUUCAUCCAUUGCAUGGAACGACGUCGUUUUUAAAAUAUUUGCUCAUAUCAUAUUUUGCUUAUGUAUAUAUUAAUAAUUUGAAAUUGUUA